UUCACUAUAAUGGCUAUCUGGAACUAAGUGACGAACCAUUCGACUCGACCUACCUCCGAGGUCGUUCAGAGAGAAAAGCACUUGGUAGAGGUGACCUACUACCAGGCCUCGAGUUAGGCAUCUGCACGAUGAGGAAGGAUGAGGAAGCACAGUUCAUUCUGCUGCCGGACGUCGCCUUUGGCAAAAUGGGCUGUCCGCCGCGCAUCGCGCCCAACGCCCGCGUCAUGUUCAAAGUGCGACUUAUCGACUUUGUCGAUUGCACGGCUUCGAACGAGUACGAGAACUCUACUGCGGAAGAGCAGCGGAAUAUGUCUUUCGACAAACGGGAAGAGGUGGUCAAAUCGCACAGGGAGGCUGGACGCGUCAUGUUUGAGACUGGACGCUAUACUCAGGCGAGAAAGAGGUACAGGAAGGCUAUCCGACUGCUAGAAGAGUGCAGACUCCAGGACGAAAUAGAGGAAAAGAGGCAGCAGGAACUGUUGCUGAAACUCUACUUAAACAUGUCAGUAACAUCUAUCAAGAUAGGCUCCUUCCCCCAGGGCAUCACAUUCGCCCGCCAAGCUUUGGAGUUAGAACAAGACAAUGCGAAGGCACUCUACCAAAUUGGCAAAUGCAAGAUGAACCUGGCCGACUUCGACGAGGCACGACAUAACCUAGUGCGAGCGCAGAAGCUUGAGCCAAACAACGACAAGAUAAAAAACCUGCUGGUGGACCUCGACCGCAGGGAGAAGGCGUACAGACUCGACGAGAAGAACAUGUACCAGCGCAUGUAA